ACCAAUCAUACGUUGCCAAAUGAGCUUCCGGCUAACGUAACCUUGACCUAAGUUUUGACAACAUGAUAACUUGUAGGAAGAAAGUUCCGUCUGUCAGUCCGUCUUUUGGUCCAAUGGGGCCUGUAGUUAAAAAAGUAUCAGAGAACAAAAUGUCUAUUUUGUCUUUCCAAUUGAUUUUCAUGUUGUCUGGACUAACAGUAGCAUAUUUUAUGACAUAUCGAUACAUGCCGGCGAUCCUAGUUUCUGUUUUUGAUGGAAAUAACCAGAUUACGUCAUCAAAAGUUUUGACAACUACGGGAACAUCUGUCGUUAAACGAACGAGACAACAAACAAUGCCACAGAAUUCAGAGGUAAAACAGGAAGCUGUGACAGCCAUGAACAUUGCCAUGGAUAUGGAAGCUCAAGGAAAACAUGAUAAGGCUUUGAAACUAUUUCAGCAUGCGUUGAACCUUGACCCGUCUCAUGCUGAUAUUCUAACUGCUUUUGGUGAAUUUCUUGAACAUCAUGAGAAUGAUAUAGCAAAAGCUGAACAAUUGUAUAGUAAAGCUUUGUUACUUAAUCCUGAACAUUCAAAAGCAUUGGAGAAUAGAAAAAGAGUGCUGCCUUUAGUAGAAGAAAUUGAUCAAAGGAUGUAUAAUGCAAUAGAUAAGAAAUUGAGUUUAUUGUACAAAGUGCCGAAUAAUCAUCCUGGUUUACGGAGACAAAAACGCGAAGCAUAUUAUCAGCAUAUAUUUCACACAAAUGCAAUAGAAGGAAACACUUUAACUUUGGCACAGACACGUUCGAUCGUUGAAACAGGUAUUGCUAUUGGAGGUAAAUCUCUCGUUGAACAACAGGAAGUGCUUGGGUUAGAUGCUGCGCUAAGUUACGUGAAUAAUACCUUAUUAGGUCGCAUUGGAUCUAUAACUUUAGAGGAUAUAUUACAAAUACAUAAACGCGUUUUAGGUUUUGUUGACCCACUUGAAGGUGGACGAUUGAGACAAACACAAGUUUUUGUUGCGGAUUUUGUUCCGGCACCACCGGAAGACGUGCCGGCUUUAAUGGAAGAUUUUAUCAAUUGGUUAAAUACAGAAGAAGCUUUAAGUUUACAUCCUGUUGAGUAUGCAGCUUUAGCUCAUUACAAAUUAGUUUAUAUCCAUCCGUUUUACGAUGGAAACGGUCGAACUUCAAGAUUGUUAAUGAACUUAAUUCUAAUGCAGGCAGGAUUUCCGCCUGUAACUAUUAAAGUGGAAGAUAGAGCACGAUAUUAUGAAACUUUAAAUGAAGGAAACCUCGGAGAUCUGAGAGCAUUUAUUAGAUUUAUAGCAGAGAGCACUGAAAGAACGUUAGACGAGUUUUUGUUAGCAUCUGUAGAAAAUGCAGCAUCAGUUUUACCUGAAAUAUCAAACUGGAGACCAAAUAAAACAAAACCUUCGCGUGUUAUAUAUGCGGAGGCCGAACCAUGAUGUUAGGGAAAUUAAUCACAUAAAAUUAUUAUUUAUUUUGCUAUCUGUUAUAAUAUAUCUUAUUGUGAUAUUUUAAUGUGAGUCAUCCAAUGACUGUUGUUUAUGUUUUAAAGUGCUAGCCCGGGUCUUUAAACUGCUAGCCCUGGUCUUUUAAGUGCUACAUUGGUCUUAAAGGGACUCAGCUGAGAUUUUUUGACGUUAAAGAAAAGCAAUUUUUUUUUUAUUGCAUUUGAGUUGUAUUAAUUUAAUGUUUAAUGAAAAUCGUAGCAUGUGUAAAGAUGAGGAGGUGCUGCAAAUAUUGUUGAUGUAUUUGAACUAUUUCUAAAUACUAUAAUAUAGUAUAUAUACAAAAUGGGAAAGCUUGUAGCUCUUACUAAAAGAAAAACCUUCAGGUGUACUUGACUCUUAAUGAAAAUAUUGAGUUCUAGUAUGAUAUUCAGGAAAAUUGUUUACCUCUGAUAUGAAUGUAUUGUAAUUGUUUUGUUUACUUAAUUUUCUUUGGGAAAGUUAUUUUCAUUUUACUUGCUCUUGCAUUUAUAUUAUUAUUGUUUAACCACAUCAAACCAUUUUCUCAGUGUGUUUAUUAGAUACAUGCUACUUAGUCAACAUGACCCUCAGGAUUUCAUGGCUAGAGAACACCCUGAUUGUAUAAGUGCUAGUUAAAAAGUUGAUAAGACUUCGUAAAAAGUAUAGGGUAAGGUCACUGGAACCAAAAAAACCCAGAAAAUUUAUUUAUCUAACUUGAACAUUUACAGUUCAUCGUUACAUACAUGCACAUAU